AUGUUAAAAUUAUUACAUUAUCAAUUAAUAAUCAUAAUCAUAAUUCAAUCAAUAUUAUUAUGUAAUCAUUCUUGUAAAUGUAAUGAAUUAUCUGAAAAAUUAAUUAUUAAACAAUUAUUAUAUAAUUAUGAAAUAGCUAGUCGACCAAUUCAAUAUGGUAAUGAAACAUUAAAUGUAUUUAUACGUAUAAUAUUACAACAAGUAGUUGAUUUAGAUGAAAAAAAUCAAAUAUUACUUACAUCAUUAUUAAUACAACUUAAAUGGAUUGAUGAAACAAUUAAAUUAAAAAUGUUACAAUUAUAUGAUUUAUAUCAUAGAAAUAAUAAUCAUUAUUAUAAUUAUAAUCAAUUAAAAACAUAUUUUCCAAAUCUUGUAUUACCAUCAUCACGUAUAUGGACACCAGAUUUAUAUGUAUAUAAUAAUGCAGAUGAUGGAAAAAAUGGUUUAUUGGAUGUAUCACAAAGUCGUGUACGAGUGAAUCAAAAAGGUGAAGUUACUUGGAAUUUACCAGUUAGUAUACGUAGUUCAUGUAAUGUUGAUGUAUUAUAUUUUCCAUUUGAUCAUCAAUUAUGUAAUAUACAAUUAGCAUCAUGGACAUAUGAUCAAAGUCAAUUACAAUUAAAUAUUAUACCAGUGAAUACAACUAUUAUGUUAAAUAAAUUAAUUGAAAAUGUUGAAUUAGCUGUACCAGAAUUGAAAAUUUUUAAAGAUUAUCGUAUUACUGUUGGUGGACAAAAUAUUACUCAAAUUAACUUACGAAUACAUAUUUAUAGACGAGCUAUAUUCUAUGCUUAUACAGUGAUUGCACCAAGUAUAUUAUUAUGUAUAUUAACAGUAUUCAGUUUUUGGUUACCAAGUGGAAAUGUGAAAAAAAUCGAUAUGGGAUUAACAGUAUUUCUAUUUUUAUAUUUUCUACAAGUAAUGAUUGCAGAGAAUACACCUGAAUCAAAUUCUACACCAUUAAUUGGUACUUUUCUUACAAUGGUUAUGACAUUAAAUUCUAUAUCAUUAAUAUUUGCUACAAUAGUAUUACAUAUACAUAUACGUAGUAAAACUGAACCAUGUCCAACACCUCAUCCAUUAUUAUGGCGUCUUGUAACUGGUAUACUUGGUUAUUUAGCAAUGAUACCAUAUAAAAAAACUAAUCAAUAUUCUACUAAUCUGAAUUGUAACCAUAGAAACAACAUAAAUAAUGAACAUAUUGAAAUUUCAUUAGAGAAUAAUUCAUAUAAAUUAUAUAAAGGAGAUCAUAAAAGAAAUAUACCGAAUGAAAGAAAUUCUAAUGAACAUAAACGAUUACGUAACGUUAAUGAUCCUAUCACUGAUAGCAAUAAUAAUAAUAAUAAUAAUAACAAAAUAAUAAUAAUGAUCAAUACAAUCAAAACUUAUUUACAAAUGAAGAAUACUCGAAAGAAAUAA